AUGAAAGAACCUAUACUUGUAAUCUUAACAAUAUAAGCUGAAAACAAAGAAAAUUUUACUAUUUAAUUGCCUUUGAAAAAGAUUAACUGUAUGUGUUAAAUAGAAAAAGAUAGAUUACUACGUUUUCUAAUCAAAUACUAAUAAAUUAAACCAUAAGAUAAAGAUUCAGUAAUUUUAGGUAAUUUUUAUUUGUUAUAUUAGAAUUUUAUGACUUUUUUAACCAAAGGUAUGUCUAAGAAAAGGAUGUCACAAUAUCUAAUAAUAUUUUUCAAUUUUCUGAAAAGUUUUUGGGACUACCUGAAUCCAAAGUUCUAAAAGUUGCUAUUUACUAUAAUUUCAGCUAUACCAAUUUGAUUGAGUUAUAUUAAUCUAUAGAAAUGUUUAAAUUAGAUUAGAAAAUAUUUCAGGAGGAAAAAAUUAAAUAUUAAAAUUAACUUGAAGAAUAUGAAAAAGAAUUUUUAGAAAUGAAGGAUACUUUAAAGGAAAUAUAAUAAACACUUCUUCUUACAGAAAAAUAAUAAGAAUAAUAAUAAAAAAAUGUUGAUAUUGUGAUUCUAUAUAGUAAUCCAAUUAUUAGAGUUAAUAAUGGAAUAAGAGAAUCUUUAUUUAUUGAUUAUGAAUCAGAAAUUAAAUCUAUAAAAAAUGUGAUUAUUCGAUCAGAUUAAUCCAUAAAAUAUGAAAUUUUUAAUGCUUCUAUAAAAAAUUUGGAGAAAGCAAUCAGUUUACAUCCACUUAUCAUACAUGUAAUUUCACAUGGAGAUUUUGAUGAAAAACAAUAAAUUUUUUAUUUAGAAUUUUAAGAUGAUGGUGUUUCUACAAAAUUAAAAACUGAUGAAAUUUAAAAAAUGAUUUAAAACAACAAAGGUAUGGCAAGAAUUCAACUUAUUUGUAUAAGCUCAAUUGUCGGUAAAAAUAUCAGUGACUAUAUUCCAAAAACUGUUUCAUGUGUAGUUUUUCAAAAAUUAUAUAAUAUUAUUGACAACGAGGGUCCUUAUUUUUGGGAAGAAUUUUAUUAAAAUAUCUUUAAAAAUUUUUCAGUUGGGGAUGCUUAUGAAAAGGCAUAAUAAAAACUUGAAAACGCCUUUUGGGAUAAUGAAAAGAAGUAUGUUUGUUGUUGUUUUCAUAAGCAUGAACCAAAAUGUCCUUUUGAUCCAGCUUAAAUAGGAUAUGAAAGUUCACAUUAAUAACAUCUUAAAUGCGCAAAACAAAAAUGGGUUCACAGUUCUUUGGUUAUGAAUCCGUGUGAUCCUUCAUCUUAUCAAGGUCAGUUACAUAGACAAUGCAAUAAUAAUUGUCUUGGAAGAUUAAUUCUUGAUUGUAAACAUAAGAAAUGUUAAUAAUAAAUUUAUGAUUAAAGAAUUGAUGAUAUUCUUCAAAAACUUUAAAUAGAUUAGAUUGACAAAGAAACUUUAAAUACAAACCUUGUGAAUAUUCUUGAUAAAAAACUUAUUUGUUGUUGUUGUGAGUAAUUAAACAUCAUAUUAGAAACAUAAAGUGAAAAUAUUUCUUCAUUUAUUGCUUCAUAACAUACUUAUGAUUAAAAAAUACAAUUUAAAAAAGAAAAUAAUGUAUAAUUUCUAGAACAUAUUGAAUAAAAUAAAGAUCAAAUUCAAGAUAUUUAAUUUAUGACAAUUGAUAAACAAAUUAUUUUGGUUCAUUCCAAAGAUCCAUAGGAUAAAGUUUUAGAAGUAGAAACAUUAUAAACCAUAAAUACUUACAUUAAAGUAUAAUUUUUUUAUUUAUUAGAUUUAUAUUUAAGAAAAAUAUAAGAAGGAAAUUAAGAAGUUCAAGGAGAGUAAGAAGAUCAAAGAAAACGAGCCAAUCGAGGAAAUUGUAAUUAAUUUAAAUGGGUGUGAUGUCAAUAAUUGGAUAGAAAUCGUAUCAAAAAAACUUAAUCUAGAACAUGCCUCUUUUGACGAGUUUCUUAUAAAAUCAAAAGACUAUUUUUGUAAUCUAUAAAGCUAAGAUAAUUUUUUUUACAUUUUCACAAUCUAAAACAUUUCCAAUAUUUGUGAAUCUGAUUAAUUUUAAAGCUUUUACCAGGUGAUACAAGAAGCUAAUGAAUCUAAUUUCAUUUUAAUAUUACCUGUUGAUAACACACAAAAAGAAAACUUAAAAAAAAUAACAGCUGUUGAAUUAGUUUAAUUUAUUGAUUUAAAAUAAAUUUACAGUUUAUUAUAAGAGGAAAAAAAUUGA